GAAAGCUACUGGUUGCUUUGAGAAUCCCUGGGCCUCCCAGAUUUGGAGACAUCCCAGAAUCAGACACAAUGUCCACAGCCGGAGUUGCUGCUCAGGAGAUUCGCGUUCCACUGAAAACUGGGUUUCUGCAUAAUGGCCAAACUAUGGGGACUCUGAAGACCUGCUGGGGCCGUCACAGUGAGUUUAAAAACAACUUUUUGCACAUCGACCCGCUGGCCAUGGCCUACAGUCUGGACUCCACCACGCGGGAGCCCCUGGCAUCCACAGGACACACGGCCAAGUCUGCUCCAACGAACGGCCACUACUUCGCAGAAAAUGGCCCGUCUCCGAAGUCCAGCCUCCCCCCGCUUGUCAUCCCCCCAAGCGAAAACUUGGGGCAGCACGAAGAGGACCAGGUUGUGUGUGGUUUUAAGAAACUGGCGGUGAACGGGGCUUGUGCUUCUCCUCCCCCACUGACGCCCAUCAAAACCCCCACUUCCCUCUUCCCUGGCGCCCCUCUGUGUGAGCGGGGUUCCAGGCCCCUCCCGCCCCUGCCAAUCUCAGAAGACCUCUCCCUGGACGAGACAGACUGUGAGGUCGAGUUCCUCACUAGCUCCGACACAGACUUCCUGCUAGAAGACUGUGCACCUUCUGAUUUCAAGUACGAUGUUCCUGGCAGGCGAAGCUUUCGUGGGUGUGGACAGAUCAACUAUGCAUAUUUUGAUACCCCAGCCGUUUCCGCAGCAGACCUCAGCUGUGCGUCUGACCAAAAUGGAGGGGUCCCCAGUCCCAAUCCUCCGCCUCAAAGCCAUCGAAGAUUAAGACGGUCCCACUCAGGGCCAGCUGGGUCCUUUCACAAACCAGCCAUCAGGAUAUCCAGCUGCAUGCACAGAGCGUCUCCGAACUCCGAUGAGGACAAACCUGAGGUCCCCCCUAGGGUUCCCAUCCCCCCCAGGCCUGUGAAGCCAGAUUACCGAAGGUGGUCAGCAGAGGUGACUUCCAGCACCUACAGCGACGAAGACCGGCCCCCCAAGGUGCCGCCAAGAGAACCUCUGUCGCGGAGUAGCUCCCGCACACCGAGCCCCAAGAGCCUCCCGGCUUACCUCAACGGGGUCAUGCCCCCGACACAGAGCUUUGCCCCCGACCCCAAGUACGUGAGCAGCAAAGCCCUGCAGAGACAGAACAGCGAGGGGUCUGCCAACAAGGCCCCUUGCAUCCUGCCCAUUAUUGAAAAUGGGAAGAAGGUCAGCUCGACACACUAUUACCUACUACCUGAGAGGCCACCGUACCUGGACAAAUACGAAAAGUUUUUUCGGGAAGCAGAGGAGACAAAUGCAAGCGCCCCAACCCAGCCGUCACCUGCUGACUGGGGUGCUGUUUCCGCUACAGAAAAGCUGGACUCAAAAACAAAAACUGACCCGGGGGCCCACGUGAAGCGUAAACACUUGUCCUACGUGGUUUCUCCUUGACU